UUGGCGGCGGGCAGCGCAAAGGCAGCCUAAUGCCGUGCCGCGCGGCGCCUCCUCCAAAAGCUGCGCGUGUGUGCCGAGCGGCGGAGUGGCACAGCCGGGCAGCCCCGCCAGAGGGACGAGGCGAGGCAAUGCCAGCCGGAUCCCGGCGCCAGAGCCGAAGGGGCCCGGGCACGUGGCUGCGCUGCUGAGACUCAGCCGCGGCGGACGAAUCCGGACGGACGGCCCGCGCGCCCGGGACGCAGCGCGCUGGGGAGAAGAACAUGGGGAGCGGCGUCCCCCGCCGCGAGGACGCGCCGGCGGAGCCGCUGUGAAGGCGCGCCUAAAGAUGCCCUAAUGUUUCCCUUUCUUUUCAAAUACCAAGUCUACCUGAGAUUGGCCAAUGCACAGACAGUAGCUGUAAAGCCCCAAUAGGAGAAUGAGUGAAAGGAACAUCCAAAGUUUGAGCAAAGGGGUAUUGGUGCUCUCUCUCUGCCUUAUAAUGCUUUGGGGAAGGCUGACACUGGCCUCAUCAUAUCACAGAAGCCAUUCAGUGCACAUAGAACCUGGCACGUGUGAAGUCAUUGCUGCCCACAGAUGCUGCAAUAAGAAUAAGAUUGAAGAGCGCUCCCAAACAGUGAAAUGUUCCUGCUUUCCAGGUCAGGUGGCUGGGACAACACGUGCUGCACCUUCAUGUGUAGAUGCUUCAAUAGUGCUUCAGAAGUGGUGGUGCCAAAUGCAGCCAUGUCUAGAAGGAGAGGAGUGUAAAGUGCUACCAGAUUUGUCUGGAUGGAGUUGCAGUACUGGAAACAAAGUAAAGACAACUAAGGUCACACGAUAGAUCUUGGAAGCUCCACUCUUAUCAGGUAUCAUCUUCAUUGACGUGGCCAGCAUUCCAAAAAUGGCACAGUAUGGCUUUUGUUCAGGUGCAAGAUACUUCUCGUAUGCUCUGCAGAGUUGGAAAUACAUGGACUUCCUUGGUACAGGAUAUAACACAUUUGAUGGCUACUUUUUAUGGGCACUUUAUUAAUCUUCCUCAAGUACAUCUGCCUAAGGAAUGGUGCUGCAGUCUGCUUCCUUUUGCAAGAACAAUACCAAGGAUUAAACAACAGGGUUGGUAUCCCUGUCUUGACAGAUAUCUUAGAAAUUUUUCCUGUUUUUGAAAAUAAAAUAUUGCAUCAGCUACUGAUUAAGUAAGUGCAGCCUCAAAGAUAUUUAACCAUCAGUUGCUACCAAUUCUACAAUUCUGGGUCUUGAAUGCAGUUACAACAACUCCCUUCUAUUCCAUAAUUUUUAUU